AUGGAAAAGAUAUUGUUUUUAUUGUCUUUUAUCCUUAUUGCUUAUGCUCAAACCAACAUCACACAAACAAAUGGAACAAUGAACAAUCAAACUUUACUUGGAAGAUAUGAUAUAAAAGAAAUCAUGAUUGGUGGUAAGAAAAUCAAAACUACUAACCCAAAAAAAGUUCCUUUGUGGACUCGUUUACAAAAGUAUGAGAAUGAAACUAAAAUUAAUCAAACACAACUAAAUGAAGCUGAACUUUUGAAUAAAAAGAAAAAAGCAGAAAUUACUAAACUUGUGGAUGAACAGUUGGAAAAAAAUAAAAAGUACUUAGGUGAGAUUGAACAAUUUAAAGUAGCACAUGCAGUUUUUGCUCAUUCAAACAAUUCUACAAAUCAAACUAAUACUACUACAUCAGCACCAAAACUUGAUGAUAUCCAAUUAAAUAAUUCUACAAUUGAUUUUGAAAUUCCAAGAAGAUACCGAAAUGCUAAAUGUAAACCAAUAGUAAAGAAAAUUUAUAAAAAGAAACAACCUAAACAAAGAAAGGUAGUAGAAGUUGACGUAUUAGAAGAAAAAGUUAAACAAAAAAAAGCUGAAAGAUUAAUUAAAAUUGCUGAUGCUUUCAUCCAAAAUACUAAUGAUGACGAAUAUCAACUUUCAAAUGAUGAUAUGGACUUUUUGAACAGUUUAGACAUAAAUUAA